AUGGGCACCUCACAGUCGACUUUGCGUGCUCUGCAGCGUGCGCGGCCCAUUGUGGUUGCAGCCCCGGUGGUUUUUGCUAUCCCGCGCCAGCACUGGCGUUGUGAGACCCAUGCACCUGGACCAGUGCCAUGUGUCCCACCUGCAAAGCUGCCGCAGCGAGUGCUUUGCCCGGCACCAGCCUUCAGAGAGUGUACGAUCUCAGACGGCUCCGUGCGCAACAUUGUUCUUCUUGGCUUGACUGGUGCAGGGAAGUCAACUUUGGCAAACCAGAUGGCAAUAACCCGAGCCUUCAAGUCUGGUGAUUCCAUGUCCAGUGUGACACGGGAGGUGCAGCAUGAAGAGUUUGAGUUCAACGGCGCCAGAUACCGUGUGAUUGACACUCCCGGCUUUUUUGACACCACUUUGACUGAUGAGCAGGUUAUGACGGCUCUUCAGCAGUUGGCCGAUGUUGCGAAGGAGGGCCUGGUCGCAGUGAUCGUUGUCGUGAAGAACGGGCGCUUCACCGAGGAGAACCAAGCAGUCAUUAAGUACAUCGAGACCGUGCUCGGAAAAGAGGCAGUGGCCAAGUAUGGCAUGCUCGUGGUUACCAACACAUGCAAGAGCACUGACAAGCUUCAAAAGGAGCUGGCAGCUCUGCGCGACGGCAACUUGGGCCGCGACAUGGCAUCCAAAGUUGGCAGCCGCGUGCUUGGUGUUGACAGCUCAUUCUGGCGGUGGCCACCGCGCAAGACAAGGAGCGACAUCAUGCACCUGGUGGAAGAGCUUCUGGCCACGAACAAGAACAUGGGAGUUGAUUGCGAUGUGAUGAACUGGGGAGCGCGAGUUCAGCAGCAGCAUCUCUUGGAGUUUGAAGAGCAAACUUCGUCACUGCGAAAGCAGCAUGCCGAAAAGGAAAGAAUGUUGAAUGAAUGUCAUGAGACUGACAGGGAGAACAUCAUGAAAGAAAAACAUGCCCUCGAAGAACUGUUGCAAGAGACGGAAGACAAGCAUGAUGAGAUGUUGCGGCAGAUGGUGCAUCGGCUCGAUUUGGAGGAAAACAUCUCUCUGGCUCUGAAGAGCAGGCUCGAAAGCACUGAGUCGGAAAUGCAGCAGAUGCAGGAGGACCAGGAAAGGCGCGUCCGCGACUUGGAGGCCAAGAUUGAGAACGGUAAGCAGGCCUCAUCGAAGGAAAGACACCAACUGCAGACUCAGCUGGCUGACAUGAGGUCAAGCCAUGAACGGGAUCUCCAGCUAUUGCGACAGAAGGAGAGCGGCUUGCAUUUGCAAAUCGCAAAGCUCGAGGAUCAGAAGUUGCUCCAGCCAUUGCAGCUCAUGCAGCUCAUGCAGCUCAUGCAAUCCAUGCAGCCCAUGCAGCCCAUGCAGCCCAUGCCCAUGAUGCACAGGAGGUCAGGGAUGGAGAGUGACACUGUGAUGGCUGCCGCCAUGCUAGGUGUUUUGGCCGAUGCAGCGAUGAAGGACGGGUGCGUCGUGCAGUGA